UAAAUAUUUCUCUGAUGUUUGUUCAUCUCUCAUCUAUCAAGAUGGAGCUACACAGAACCAUUCUCACCCUUACCAUUGUUCUCACAAAUGGUGCUGCAUGUGUUGGUCAUCUGAGGUCUUCUUAAGAGGCUGGAUCCAAACUGAAGCUGAUGUCCUCUCUAGUCGCCUUGGGACGGGUGUCCCGAGUUGAACAUGAAGCUUACCAAUUUGAAGCAUGCUCUGAUACAGAAGAAGAGUUUUUGAUUGGAUAUGAUGAGGAGGAGUUGUGGCACAUCGACUUUGAUCAGAAGAAUGGAGUAGUGACAUCCCCUGACUUUACAGGACCUAUGACAUUUCCUGGAUUGUAUGACCUCGGUGUUUCUAAUAUGGCAAAAUGCAAAAUUAACUUACAAUAUGCCAAAGGCCUCAAGAUCCCACCACCACAACUGGAUGCACCUCAGACUUCCAUCUUUCCAAAGGAUAAUGUACAGCUGGGUAUUCUGAACACCCUUGUCUGUCAUGUGACUGGCUUCUACCCUCCAUCUGUCAGAGUAUUAUGGAUGAAGAAUAAUGUUAAUGUGACCGGGGGUAUGAGUUUAAGUCAGUACCGUCCAAGGACAGAUGGUACAUUUAACAUAUUCUCCACUCUUAAGUUUACACCUGCUGAAGGAGAUAUUUACAGCUGCACGGUGAACCACAGAGCCCUCCAGGGUCAACCUCAGACCAAAACAUGGGAUGUUGAAGUUGCCCUGCCAGGUGUUGGUCCAGCUGUGUUCUGUGGAAUUGGUCUGACUCUUGGACUGUUGGGAGUCGCUGCUGGAACAUUGUUCCUCAUUAAAGGAAACAGCUGCAACUGACUAUGGAAGCACACUUUGAAAAGAUCCAAUGGUAACAGUUUACAAUAAGGUUUCAUUAGUUAACAUUAAUUCCCUUUCGAAAGGGAACUCGCACUGCGUUGACGCUAUUGGCGAACGCCUCCAUGUGAACCGGUGUCUGAAAUGCUUAUCAAAUCACGGCAAUUGUAUUUGCCGGCAACAGCCUAUGACAUCAUACUAGUGCGACCCAAAAGUAUAUAAGGAGUGCCUAGAGAACAUGCCAUCCUCUUAUCAUCUUCAGGGACUGUUUGUUUGAAGCGCAAUCAUAAUGAAAUGCACAGAGAAAACUAGAUGUUUCAAGAAGUGUGUAGAUCCGUGUCCUAGAUAUUUGACAUCAGAUGCCACACACGACUUUUAUUGUCUGGGUGAAGAGCACGCACGGGCAGUUCUCGAGGGAUGUGUCUGUGCCAAUUGUGAGCAUUUCCCUCUGAGGAAGCUCCGCUCUCAUUUGGCUCUCUUCUUGAGGGAAGAGGGACAAACAUCUGGUCCCGGUGGCUCGGGUUCCGCUCGUGCUGAAGCAGAGUAGAGACUCAGAUCAUGGAGUUCCCAGAUGGUGCUCGUCAAUGAGCUUGAGAGGGGUGUGAGCCUCUCCCGCCCUUCGGCGGCUCAUGAGCACGAGCUGCUGGGAGAGGAUGUGUUGUCAUUUAUAUCCUUUAGAAAGUGAAUGUCUCAGGUUAUGUAUGUAACCGCUGUUCCCUUAGAACAGGGAACGAGACACUGCAUCUCCCUGCCAUGCCUUGAGGCUACCUGCUGAAUAGUCCCUUCAGACGAUAAGUGGAUGACAUGUUCUCUAGCCGACCCUUAUAUACUUUCAGGUCGCACCAGUAUGAUGUCAUAGGCUGUCACCAGCCAAUAUGAUUGCCGUAAUUUGAUUAGAACAGGGAACAGAGGUUACAUACAUAACCUGAGAUGCCAACUACAUUUGUUAACAUGGACUAACAAUGAACAAUACUUCUACAGCAUUUAUUAUUCUUAGUUAAUGUCAAUCUCAGCAUUUACUAAUACCAUUUAAAGAUCAAAAGUUGUAUCUGUUAACAUUAGUUAAUUGACUGUGAGCUAACGUGGACAUGAACGUUAAGAAAAGUUAAUAAAUGCUGUAAGAAUAUUUUUAAUUGUAAGUUAUAGCAUUUACAGCAUGUUUACAAAUGAGACCUUAUUGUAAAGUGUUUACAAUCUAUUCAUUGUGUAAUUAACUGAGCAGUCUGAAAACAAUGCUAUAUUUCACUAGUGUGUCAUUUUACCAAACAGGUAACAUUCUUGAUGUUAAAGAUAUAAAUACAUAGAGGCAUAAAUCUGGA